AUGGCUCAACCGGCCAUGAGCGAACAUUGUGAUGGUGUUGUGAAUGAACGUCACGCACGCAUGGUUGAGUUCAUUGAAUUGCACCGUGCUCGAUCUAUUCAAGUUCGUAGUGGUGAUCUUAGAGUUAAACACAACACAGCUGAUGAUUGCGUCAGCAAGAACGUCAAAGCCUUUGAAUGA